AUGGGUAUCCCGGCCGCUUUCCGAUGGCUUUCCAACAAGUAUCCAAAGAUCAUUUCGCCGGUGAUCGAGGAGCAGCCUGUGAAGAUGGAUGAUGGAUCUGAAAUCCCGGUUGACACCACCGGCCCCAAUCCAAACGGCGAGGAACUAGACAAUCUCUAUCUCGACAUGAACGGCAUCGUGCAUCCUUGUUCUCAUCCUGAGGAUCGCCCAGCUCCCAAGGACGAAGAGGAGAUGAUGCUCGAGGUAUUCAGGUACACAGACCGUGUUGUCAAUAUGGUUCGGCCGCGAAAGCUUCUAAUGAUUGCUGUUGACGGAGUGGCUCCUCGUGCCAAGAUGAACCAACAGCGCUCGCGACGUUUCCGAUCCGCUCAAGACGCUCAGCAGAAGGAGGAGGACAAAGAAGAGCUCAUGAAGCUCCUAAAACAGCAAAAUGGCGGCGUUAUCCCAGAAGAGACACUUGAGAGUAUGACCAAGAAGGCAUUUGAUUCCAACUCCAUCACACCUGGGACCCCUUUCAUGGACAUACUCGCUGCGAGCCUCAGAUAUUGGUGCGCAUACAAGCUCAGCACGGACCCGGCCUGGGCUAGGCUCAAAAUUAUCAUCUCAGAUGCCACAGUACCCGGUGAGGGGGAGCACAAGAUCAUGUCGUUUGUUCGGUCUCAGCGUAUCUCGCCGGACUAUGACCCAAACACGCGCCAUGUCAUCUACGGUCUUGAUGCCGAUCUGAUUAUGCUGGGUCUCGCAACUCACGAGCCUCAUUUCCGAGUCUUGCGAGAGGAUGUCUUCUUUCAAGACAGCAAGCCGAGGGUAUGUAGGAUUUGCGGGCAGAAGGGUCACGAGGCUCGAAAUUGCCGCGGCGAAGCCAAGGAGAAAGUUGGCGAGUUCGAUGAACAAGAAAAGGCGCCAGCACUGAAACCCUUCAUCUGGCUGCAUGUCUCAAUUUUACGCGAGUACCUGGCUGUUGAGCUCAAUGUUCCUGGCCUGCCUUUCCGUUUUGAUCUGGAGAGAGCUCUUGACGACUGGGUUUUCAUGUGUUGUUUCGUGGGCAACGAUUUCUUGCCUCACUUGCCUGCACUGGAGAUUCGCGAGAACGGUAUCGACACUCUGACAGCGAUCUGGAAAGACAACCUCCCUCAUAUGGGUGGCUACGUCACUAAAGACGGACACGUUGAUCUUGCUCGGGCGCAAUUAAUCCUCAACGGACUUGCAAAGCAAGAGGACGGCAUCUUCAAAAGGAGGAAGGAACAAGAAGAUCGCAGGGAGGCCAACGCCAAACGUCGCAAACUUCAAGAAGAGCGUAACCAACCAAGGAACGCUCGGCCAAAGCAGGUUGACAACGCUGCUGCAGGCUUACCCCUAUUCCCUGCUGCAGGGGGUCCUAAUGGGAUCACUCACGACAUGGUCGUUGGUCGAUCAUCGAACAUGAAUGCUAACUCCGCCAACAAGAGUGCAGCAAGCGCCAUAAGGGAUCAGAUCAAGGGCAUGAUGUCCAAGGCCGAACCUAUACCAGAAGGCGAUGCAAGUCAAGCUGCAAAGGUCGAUGCCCCAAGCGCUUCGACGGACGCGAAGUCGAUUCUUGGCAAGCGCAAGGCUGAUGGUGAACCUGAUCAGCUUUCGACUCCUACCCCUGCGGCGGGGACAAGCACACCAUCUGCGGCCGAAGAGGCGGCAAUGGACCAUGUGAGGAUGUGGGAGGAGGGCUACGCGGACAGAUACUAUGAACAGAAGUUCCAUGUUGACCGCAAGGACAUUGAGUUCCGACAUCAGGUUGCCAGAGCGUAUGUUGAAGGUCUGUCUUGGGUCCUGCUCUACUACUUUCAAGGCUGUCCAUCAUGGGAGUGGUACUACCCUUACCACUAUGCCCCCUUCGCGGCAGACUUUGUGGAACUGGACAAGAUGGAAAUCGCGUUCGAGAAAGGGCGAAUUUCCAGACCUUUUGAGCAGUUGAUGAGUGUGCUGCCUGCGGCAUCUCGCCACGCUCUACCUGAGGUCUUCCACGAUCUCAUGUUGAACGAGGACAGCGAGGUCAUUGACUUCUACCCUACUGACUUCGAGAUUGACUUGAAUGGCAAAAAGAUGGCUUGGCAGGGAGUGGCAUUGUUGCCAUUUAUUGAGAUGCCCAGGUUACUUGCUGCCGUAGAGAAGAAGUACCCUCUUCUUAGUGCCGCAGACCGGGCCAGAAAUGGAGUGGGCAGGGAUGUCUUGCUGCUUUCGGAUGCUCAUCACGAUCUGUACGAUGAGAUCACCACCAACUUUUACUCCAAGAAGCAAGGAGAACCAACAUUGAAGCUUAACCCGCGUACGAGCGACGGGUUGUCUGGCAAGAUUGAGAAGAUUCCGGACUACCUACCCCACGGCGAACUAGUAUAUCCUCUGGAGCGCGGCGGCAUGCCCAAUCUUGAUUACGACAGGUCCCUGAGCGUCUGGUAUUCCUUCCCGGCGAGCUCGCACCCUCACAAGUCUAUGUUGCUGCGUGGCGUUAAGUUGCCUACAGCAGCUCUCGACCGCAAUGACAUCGAGACGCUCAAGAGCAAAUCAUCUCGGUCAGGACGGAGCUACGGUGGUGCGCCACUGGGGCAUAAUGGCCACAACCGUGGAGGGCGCAGAGAUCAGUUCAGUUACGCCCCAAGCGGCGGAAACGGACGGCAUUCGGGCAAUGGCAACUACAUGCAACACGGGUAUGGCCCCCCUGGACCACCGCAGGGCCAGUCAUGGCAGCCUCCACCACCAGGUCACCCGGGCUUCGGGAUGGGACUACCGCCCCCGCCCCCGCCAGCUUUCCACAACUCGAAUGGAUCCUCUCGCGGCGGGGGAUAUGGACAGUAUCAAAGCUACGGACCUCCGCCCAUCCAAAGCCAGUAUGCGAAUCACAAUGACGGAGGUCGUCGUGGUGGGCGCGGCGGGUAUCAGGGUGGGGGGCACAGAGGUGGUCGCGGCGGCGGCGGCUUUGGUGGGGGUUACGGCGGCGGACGCAACCACAGGUAG